AUGGAUUAUCCAGGAAAUAAUCUCCUCGGGAGUGGCAGUCCUCUUUUGAGCGGCGCAGUUAGGAUGGAUUAUCCAGGAAAGGAUCGCCUCGGGAGUGGCAGUCCUCUUUUGAGCGGCGCAAAUCUAGGAAAGGAUCUCCUCGAGGAGUGGAUGUCUUGUUUUGAGUGGUGCAGCCGUCAUGGCACAUGCGCAUUCUACCGUCCAAAAUCGAAGGUCACCAGUCCACUUCCUGAACAACACUAUUAUCUGAAGUAUGAAACUGAAGACAAAUGUAAAUCUGCACCGGAACCGGAAUGCUACCGCUACGUGAACCGCAGACCGCGGUACACCGGGAGGAAAGUAACAACAGAGAAUGGGAUCACGUGCCAGAGAUGGGAUGCGCAGACGCCUCAUAAGCACGAUAAAAUCUUCACGUACUUGUUCCCAGAGGACUCGAUUGCCGCGGCGGAAAACUUCUGUCGUAAUGCCGACAAUAACGGGUCACCUUGGUGCUACACGGUCGAUCCAAAAACAAGAUGGCAAGAAUGUGGAAUUCAGCUGUGUACAGUUUAA